AUUUCCCCUCGAGCAAAAAAAGAAAGGGAAGGGGGGGAGCAGAGACACACGAAUAAAGCCAGAGAUGCAGCAACGCAUUCUUCACUAGAGACUAGAGAGGGGCAAGUGAGCAAGCAAGCACUAGUUAAAAGACCAGAUCGUUGCCGGGCCAGGAUGGAAACAAGAGUCGGAUCAUGCGGACAGCAAUGGCAGGGCGUAGGGCCCAAAGGAGAAAGCGCUCGCUCGCUCGCUUGCUUGCUGCCAUCUGUAUAAAUGAGAGCACGCCCGUCUAUAGCUCUGCCAUUUUCCUGCCCCCUGGAGAAGAGAAGAGAGCAGCAAAGCAGAGUCAGAAAACAGAGUCCCCGAGACACAACAGUACAACACAGGAACUUCUUCGUAGCUCCUCAGAAGCUAGUCAAGUAGAAAUGGCGAGCGGGUGGCGAGUAGGGGAGGAAGAAGAGGAGUAUAUCGACAUGGACCUGAGCUCCGGAACAAGGGAGGAGUUCGAGUUCCACAUGUCGGCGCCGCUGGACCGGUCGGGCCACCCGCCGCUAGCGUCGCCCGCCGACGAGCUCUUCUACAAGGGCAAGCUGCUGCCGCUCCACCUGCCGCCGCGCGCCCAGAUGGUGGAGGACCUCCUCCUCCUCGACGACCAUGGCGGCAGGGGCAAGGGGCGAGCACGGGUCCUGGCCGUGAGCACGGCCCCGGCCACGCCCUGCGAGCGCUCGUCGCGGUCGCCGCAGGGGGGCGAUUACUCGUGCUGCGCGCUCAGCGGGGAGCUCAACGUGGAGGAGUUCUUCCGGGAGUACUAUAACGCGGCCGGCAACGAAGAAGACGAUGCGAGCAUCUGCGAAGGGAAGAAGAAGCCGUGGUCGAGGAAGCUCCGGUUCGUGAGCCUCGGGUUCCUCAAGCUCAAGGCGCCCAAGGCUUACCUCAAGACCAUGUUUGCUGCCACCACGAAGCCUUCUGCAGGGAACACCGCCGGCGUUCUCGGCGCCACGAGAAGCGCCAAGGAGCUGAUCCCCUCCUCCCAUGGCAGCCAUGGCAGGGCGUGGAGGAAGCCGAAGAACCCGUUCUUCUCCGGCCAGGCGAGAAGCAGCGGCAACAGGUGCGUCCCCGAGCAGAGCACGGCGAAUAAAGAACGCGAGCACGGGCACCGGAGGUCCUUCUCCAGCGUCAUCGUGCGCUACUCGGCGUCCAGCAAGACGUCCCCUGCGCCUCCCUCGUCCUCUUCUUCCAGCUCGUCUUCGUCGUCAUCGGCGUCGUCGGUGCGGAGCUCGAGCGGAUCCGACGGCGGCGGAGCGGGGCCGGCGCUGAGGAGGAGCAGCAGCGCGAGCUCGGAGGCGGAGAACAACCCCAUCCAGGGGCUCAUCGCCUACUGCAAGAAGUCCCAGCAGCUGGCCUCCGUCAGGAAGAGCGCCAGCGACGCCGGGUUCCGCUUCCUCUCGUCCUCGGCGGCGUCCAAGGUCGCCGCGGAAUCCGAGGAUCUCCACGACGAGCUCGUCGAGAUCUGCAGAGGGUGAUACAUAUGCUUGCUGUGCUGUGAUUGCGAAUGAAUGAAAAUGUACAAUAGAUGCAAUGCACUCUGUUCUGAGAAUUUUGUGGUGCUGCUGGAACUGGAACUUGUGUUUCUUGACUGAUUCUGUUCCCUGUGCAAUCAACUCAUGAUGCGAGCUCAAAGCAUCAAAUGAACAACCCCUGAACUUUUCAGCAUAGAUUGUUUUGACUUUGAGUAUUAACAUCAGAUUGUGUUACAUGAUAGAUUAAUUUCUGCAAA